GUUUGUUGGUUUUAUUCUGGGCGGUUUCUGCGCGCUUCCGCUCCCGCGCCCCCUGGCUGCUGCUGCCCGCCACUGCAGUCAGCUGGUGUCAGGCCGGGGGCAGCGAUGGCGGAGACGGACGAUGUCGACGUGAUGAUGAGCUUCCACAGCGAUUUCCUCAAAAGCGACGGGAAGAGCGGCCGCUACCCGCACUGCAUAGUGUGGACGCCCAUCCCCAUCCUGUCGUGGGUGCUCCCCUUCAUCGGUCACAUGGGGAUCUGCACCUCCUCUGGAGUCAUCCGGGAUUUCGCAGGUUCUUACUUUGUGUCGGAGGACAACAUGGGCUUCGGUAGACCAACAAAGUACUGGAAGCUUGAUGUGGACAAAGUCUGUGGCAAUGGAGCUGCUACAUGGGACAAAGCAGUGCUAGAUGCAUCUGAGGAAUACAAGUGUCGGCAGCACAAUCUAUGUUUUGACAACUGCCAUUCCCACGUUGCUAUGGCCCUCAACCUCAUGCGCUACGACAACAGCACUUCUUGGAACAUGGUGAACCUGUGUGCGCUGUCUCUCAUCAAUGGGAAACAUGUGAGCUGGGCAGCGUUCCUCAAGACCUGGCUCCCCUUCCUCAUGCUGUGCGGAGUCCUCACCACCUUCAUCCUGACGUUCAACCUCCAGUGAUGGAGCGAGCAGUACGAUAGGAGGACUCACAGACUUUGGUUAAACUUGUCAUUGAUGUGCUUUGAUGGGAUAUUUGUAAUUGAAGGACUUCUCUGUCUGACAUGAUCUAGUCUGUUAGAGUGGGAUUGAGGGCUAGGCUGGUUGUUUAUAAUUUUGAAAUCAAAAAAUGAGUUUAUGUAUUUAUGGAUUCAAAAGUUACCGUAACUCUUUUUCACAUCGUGGGUCCCUGUUGUUUUUGUUGAGCUAUCAAGAGGAUUACGAAGGAAAGACUCCACUGUAGUAGAGUAAUGCAGCUGAGUUCCAGCUGAUGUAUUACUUCUUUCAUGGAUGGCGAUGAUGAAUGUGUUUCCAGUGCGGCUAAUGUACAUUUCAAUGAUGAAUGGCCACAAAACGGACCAUGAAAUCUUAAAGCAGAAAUGUGUUCAUCAAUUAUUUGUCCAAGAGAUAUGAGUACAAAUAUAGAAUGAUGUAGGAAACAUGUGAAAAAUAGUAACACUGAAAACGUCCCUCCUCCUCAGUCCACUUUCCUAUGACAUAUAAAAUCAAAUGCGUGAGGUGUUUUUAUUUAUUUAUUUAUUUUUAUUUAAGUUGUUGCUUUUCUCCAGACGGUUUUAAAAUAAACCAUGCACACUGGUGCUGGACCUCUGCUGAUUUAUUUAACUGUUACCAAUACUUUCAAAAAUAUCAUUUCGUUUGUUUAAAUGCUGUGUAUAUUAAUACUGUAUCUCUAUCAGUUUCAAAUUUCUGUUCUUCGAACUUUACUCUGAAUGUGCUGGAGCCCGUUUUUCCCCUCGUGUCACACGUGUAGGUCACAGGCUGUGGACGCCCUUAUCGUCCUCUGUACCUUUAAGGGAACCGCGUACCUUUUUUCAUCCAGCAGAUUCUGCGUGAGAUGAACCACCAUCAAUUUAUGGGAACCUUUACUCCACAGUGGAGCAGAUGAGGAAGGGACUGAUGCUGGAGCGGGCAGUGUUUGCCGCCUCUGCAGUAUUUGAUUAGUUAGUGGGAGCUAGAGCUUAGGAUCCUAUUUUUUGAAUUUGCUUCACAUGCAAGCUGUCGUU